AACAAAAGCAGUCAACUUGAUGAGUUGCAUUAUUUGGUACUGAAACGGAAAACAAUAUAAAAUGCGUGAAAUUAGUACCAUGGAAGUAGAUCCCCCACGGGGAGAAGGAUUUCGGUCGUAUUAUGUGCAGAAGAUUGAAGAGCUCCAGCUUAUCGUGGCGGAGAAGAACCAGAACUUGCGGCGUCUGCAGGCUCAGCGUAACGAGCUGAACGCCAAGGUAAGGAUGCUCCGCGAGGAACUCCAGCUCCUCCAGGAACAGGGCAGCUACGUUGGCGAGGUGGUGAAACCAAUGGACAAGAAGAAGGUGCUCGUCAAGGUGCACCCGGAGGGCAAGUUUGUGGUAGAUAUUGAUAAAAACAUCGACAUCAACGACGUCACACCCAACUGCCGUGUGGCGCUGCGAAACGAAAGCUACACCCUGCACAAGAUCCUACCCAACAAGGUGGAUCCGCUGGUGUCGCUUAUGAUGGUGGAGAAAGUUCCGGACUCGACCUACGAGAUGGUCGGUGGUUUGGACAAGCAGAUCAAGGAGAUCAAGGAAGUGAUCGAGCUCCCGGUGAAACAUCCGGAACUGUUCGAUGCCCUGGGAAUCGCUCAACCGAAAGGAGUGUUGCUGUACGGUCCGCCGGGCACGGGUAAGACACUUUUGGCCCGUGCUGUGGCACAUCACACCGAGUGUACCUUCAUUCGCGUGUCGGGUUCCGAGCUGGUCCAGAAAUUCAUCGGUGAAGGUUCUCGAAUGGUGCGCGAGUUGUUCGUGAUGGCUCGCGAACAUGCACCCUCCAUUAUCUUCAUGGACGAAAUUGAUUCGAUCGGUUCGUCCCGUAUCGAAUCGGGAAGCGGUGGCGAUUCGGAAGUGCAGCGUACCAUGCUCGAGCUGCUGAACCAACUGGACGGCUUUGAAGCAACAAAGAACAUCAAGGUCAUCAUGGCGACCAACCGCAUCGACAUUCUCGACCCGGCACUGUUGCGUCCCGGACGUAUCGAUCGUAAGAUUGAAUUCCCGCCACCAAAUGAGGAAGCUCGUCUGGACAUCCUGAAGAUCCACUCACGCAAGAUGAACCUCACGCGUGGUAUCAACCUGCGCAAGAUUGCCGAACUUAUGCCAGGAGCAUCGGGCGCCGAGGUGAAGGGCGUCUGCACAGAGGCCGGCAUGUAUGCUCUCCGCGAACGCCGGGUGCACGUCACACAGGAAGACUUCGAAAUGGCCGUGGCCAAGGUUAUGCAGAAGGACUCGGAGAAGAACAUGUCCAUCAAGAAGUUGUGGAAGUAGUUUUCUUUCACAGUUUUCAAUAGAUUUAAAUCACCUCUGGCAAAUUCCGCACUUCGUAUGAAAUAAAGUAAAUUUGGCGGUAUAUUAUAAGUACGAAAAAGGUUUUUUGUUUCAUUUACUGUGGUAAA